AUUCAGCAGACGACAACAUUGAUCAUCUGUUGAUGAAAUGGCUUUGCCACGGAGCCCGCACAGCAUUCAAAUGGGAGAAGAAGUAAUGAAUCGUUUGGCUCAAGAUGUUUUAGAACUGGAAGAUCGGAUUGAAGAACGCGAUCGUGCUGCUGAGCAGAUGACUACAGAUGAAUUCAUCGACCAAAUGAGGAAUAAAAAUACAAGUAGGAAAACAAAUUCAGAUGUCAACAAGUUAAAAACAUGGCUUUCCGAUCAAAAUGAGCUACGGGAAUUUCAUGAGAUUCCUCCUCAGGAACUUGACCUCUUGCUAGCAAGAUUUUUCAUGACUGCCAAAAAGUGUGAUGGAGGGGAUUAUGAACCAGACACAUUAAAAUCUAUUCAAGGCAGCAUAAAUAGACAUUUGACCGAAAAACACUGUAAUAUAGACCUAAUCAAAGACAAGGAGUUCAAGCAUUCAAGAGAUGUACUAAUGUCUAAAAGAAAACUACUUCGUCAGAAUGGAAAAGGAAAUAAACCAAAAAAAGCUGAACCACUGACAAAGGAGGAAAUUGAUAUACUGUAUCAAAAGAAACUUCUAGGAGCAGCUAAUCCAAGAGCGUUAACAAACACUGUUUUCUUAAACAACAGUAUGUUUUUUGGAAUGAGAUCUAGACUGGAACAUCAAAAUUUAAGAUGGGGGGAUAUUGACCUAAAAACAACAUCAGCAGGAGAAAGGUAUCUGGAGUUUACAGAGAGGGCAACCAAGACCAGGUCUGGUUCAACGAGUGACGCAAGGGCAUUUUCCCCCAAGAUGUUUGAAAAUAAAGGUGAUCCUAGAUGUCCAGUAAGUUUGUAUUUGAUGUAUGCAGGAAAGCGUCCAGAGAAAAUGAAAGCAGAUGACUCCAAAUUCUAUGUUGGCAUCAACAAUAAAGGCUAUGGUGAUGAAUGGUUCAUAAACCAACCAAUGGGAAAAAACACACUAUCUAAUAUAAUAAAAUCUAUGACAGAUGAAGCCGGUAUACAGGGCCGUAAAGUCAAUCAUAGUGCCCGAAAAACAGGCAUUACAACACUUAUCCAUGCAGGUGUUCAGAACACUCUAGUUCAACAACAUUCUGGCCAUAAAAGCCUUAGUUCUAUAAACAAUUACUCCAGUGCUUCGUUUCAACAACAAAAAGAUAUGUCAAAGGUGCUAUGUACAUUCACUUCAAACCAAGAUAGUACAACAGAUAUUAAUCAGAAUACUAUUCAACCAGGUGACAGUAGUACUACAGAUCAUAUUAAUCAGAAUACUAUUCAACCAGGUGAUAGUACUGCUAACUUAAAUAAUAUUGAUACAAUUCCCGAUGAUGAUGACGACAUGGUUUUAGUAAGAGCAUCGCAGGAAAUGAUAGAAAACACACUGCUUGACAUAGAAAACUUCGAAAACUAUGAAGUACUUGAUAUUCAUAAUGAUAUACAUGUAGAUAAUUGCAAGAAAUCUAGCAAAUUAGUUCAGAAAAACACUGAUAUGUCUGUCCGUAUGUCUGAGAAUUAUUCUGUGCCGUCCAUUCUCCAAGGUGCUACUGUAAAGGGGAAUGUUAUAAUAAACUAUGGAAAUCCCAUUGAAGAAAAAGAAAAUGACCAGAGACAAACCCAGAAAAAAAGAAAAUGGGUUAUUUAUGACAGUAGUGAUUCUGACUAAAUUGUUUAUAUUCUAUAUUCUUGUUAUUAAAUUGUUGAUUUAUUGUUA